CCAAUCUGCAGCCGACGACGAUGGCGACGAUGCGCAUCGCCCACAACCUCCGCCGCCAGUGCUUUGUCGCCACGGACGCGGCCGCAACCGAGCUGGGCUACCUCGAAUACGAACCACUGACGCUCCAAGGGCAAAAGGUCUUGGAUCUGGCCCACACGGUGGUCUUGCCGGCGGCGCGGGGCAUGGGCCUCGCCCAAAAGCUCUGCGACGCUGCCUUUGACUACGCCAAGGAGAACGGAUUCAAGGUUCGCCCGACGUGUUCGUACAUUAGCCAGACGUACCUCGUACGCACGCAGCGCCCGGACGCCGCGGGCCUCGUCCACCAGGGUCCGGGCGCAUCGUUGUAGACUCGCAAUCAUUUUUGCCUCUUCCAGAUCCGAGCAAGGCUAGACCUCAACCACAAGUAACGUUAGCAUCCAUGUAGCACUCAAAAUGCAACGUUAAAGGCAUCUAGUUUGCUGUCCA